CAGUCGCAACAGUCGGCAGAGCAGCGAACGCGAACUACGAAUUUCACUCGAAAGCUUUUAUAGCAGCCAUACGGAUUAAAACAAGCGCGAAGCUGAAAAUUAUUAUCAUCAUGUGCUUUGGGUUGCUCUGGAUUUAAGCGUCGUGGCUGGAUGUGAAUACACGAACGGUACGUGCAGCCAGAAGCCAAGCUGACAGCCAGUGUGGCAUGCAAUAGCAUCAGCAGCCAGUAAAGUAACCGCAGCAGUAGUAACAACAAAAACAACAAUAUGUUAAGUAGAACCAACAGCAGCUUGAGCAAAAGCGCAAGCAGUCUUCGGAGCAUAUUAAAUUCAAGCACUCAGCGCAACAGUCAUUGCAGCCUCUUGUUGUGGCUUGUGCUGGCAACGGGUGUCAGUGCAACACUUGCAACAAAGCGCAGCUACAGUCAGCCGCUGACAACGUUGGUGGGUGGCGUGGCACGUCGAGAUGACAACACAUUCCAGCCCAUGGUGCCGACUGACAUCAGUCCGGACUUUAUUUCACGCAAUGUUUUUACUAAAACGGGCAACUAUCGCGUGUUCGAGCCCGUCGAGAGCCAAAGUGACCUGCGUUUGGCUGUUGCCAUGACGCGCAAUGAUUACAAGCAAAGGGCAGAGCCCAAUCCAACCAUAAAAGCAAGCAAAAAGUCAACAACAACUGCAACUACAACUACAACUACAACAGCAGCAACACCCAUCUCCACAAUUGCAACUACAACAACAACAGCACUCAGCUCUACAAUUGCAAUUACAACAGCAGAACCAACAAUCAGCAAUCAAGCAAGCAGCAAAGUCGAGGCUGCAGGUCAGCGAAAUGUCAGCUCGACCAGUGCGCUCGACAACGAGCUGCACGGACUGGAGGAUUUGCUGUUCGAGUACGUUGAGCAGUUUUUUACGCAGGGCAAAUAUGAGCCCAUGCCGGGUCUAGUGCUGGCGCUGCAAAAAAAUCACACUAAUCUGACUUUGGCAAAUGGAGAACGACAGCGCCAUGUGCGCAGCAUAAUGGAAGACGCCAAUGUUGAAGUGAACUUGCCGCGAGCGCUGCAAAGUGCGCGUCUAUUAUUUUUUGCCGGACUUAAGAAGAUUAUGUGGCCCAUUUAUAUGGGACUGCAGGUGCUGAAGAGUUUGCUGUUCGCCCUCUUUCUGCCCACCAUAAUAGGCAGCGUAAGUCGACUCAUAGGCAAAGGCAUUACCUCGGGCUCGGCCAGCUCAGUGCCAUUGUUCAUACGCCCCAUGGAGCCGCCACAGGAGCUGGACUUUCGAGAUAAUAGCGUCAACUUUGAUGACGACAACAAGUUCAGCAUGGCCGACGAUGUCAAAGCCAAUGCGGGCUACGAAUACAAUGCAGAGGCUUCGCAGCAACAGGCGCAGUAUGCGCCCUACAGUCCCAACUCUUUGACUCAGCAGACGCUGUCGCGAUAUGGCGGCCAGCAAAUGCAGGACACGUAUCUGAAUGCGCUGCAGAGCAUAGGAGCAGCUUCGUUUAAGAACUCACAGGGCCUGUCGGCGGGCAGCUCUGGCGGCAUGGCUGCGCCUGGCAUGAACCGCAAGCCAGCGUCACCAGCUAAUAUGAACACGUUCCAGACGUUCCAAAAGGUACCCAGCUCUUCGCUGCUGCUCUCCAACUACGAUCCCUUCUACAGUCCGCUGCUGUCCAGGCUGGAUUCGGUGUUUGCGCAGCUCAAGCUCAAGUCGGACAACGAGAGCUGUCGCGAGAAGCUCAUUUGCCUGAUGUAUGCCAACCCCGCCAAGUAUGCUCCAUACAGCAAUUUGGUGUCAGCGCAGCUUAGUCGUGAGCUGAACGAGCUGCGCAAGCCCACCUCUGAUAAUCCGGACAUCCUGCGCUUCUUCAAGUACAUGCGUGCGGCCAAGGAUGGCCAGGACGGCGUCGACUGCGAGCAGUCGUUCAGCAAGUGCACGGAAUUCAAGGAUUUCGAGAAUCCUGCGAUGCUCUCCACCUACAACGAUAUCAACAAACUGGUGCAGGCACGCAAAAUGGCGUAGGGUGCACACACAAGUCUCUUGCAAGUCACGUCAGCUGUUAAGCUGUAAUUAUGCAAAUUAAACUUAAGAUAGCGUAGCCAUAAAUAUACGCAUACAUUUAUAUAUAUAUAUAAAUGUGCGCCAGUCGUCGCAACAGGCGUCCGGCGUUGGCGUUAACGUGGGCGUGGGCGUUGGUUUAUUGCACUUUGGGGGGUUUUCAUUAGUGGGCUGUAAAUAGAAAAUGAUAUGAAUGUGUCUAGUGCUAGUUUAAUAAACGCGCAAAUAAUUUGCGCUGUUAUGUUAGCCAUUUAGCUUGAGUUAUUUCUGUGUAAUAGUUUAUAGUUAAGUGCUU